AGUAAAAAUAUUCCACAACCCAAAAAUCCAAUUUCUUCUCCCUCGGUUUCCUCAAUCUGCCCGAUUGUCCCGCUCCCGAACAUAUUCCAAUCCUCUUCCUCCUCCUGCAUUCUCUUCCUCCCUGUCUCCAGAUUCAAACAUUUUCCUUCCUCUCCUCCCACGAUUGCCUCUCGCUUCCUUCUCUCCGUCGCAGCCUCCUCCUUCGACGCCACCGCCGUCACCGCCAUCGUAAUCCUUCCUCGAGGAUUCCCUCGAUUCUUCCCGGCUAUUGCGUGUGGAUUGCUCGGGAGAAGCUGCUGCGAGAAAGAGCGUUGCGAGAGAGAGGCUUGUGUUUCUUCCUCUUUGUCUGGAGCUAUGCAGAGCCAAUUGAUGUGCAACGGAUGCAGGAGUAUUCUUCUUUAUCCAAGAGGAGCUUCAAAUGUCUGUUGUGCGUUAUGUAAUACAAUAACAUCAGUCCCUUCUCCGGGGAUGGAAAUGGCUCAACUUAUAUGUGGAGGUUGCAGGACUUUGCUAAUGUAUACUCGUGGAGCAACCAGUGUCAGAUGCUCUUGCUGUCACACUGUGAACCUAGCCCCAGUAUCUAGUCAGGUUGCUCACAUAAACUGUGGCAACUGCCGGACGACGCUUAUGUAUCCCUAUGGAGCUCCAUCUGUGAAGUGUGCAGUCUGUCAAUACGUCACAAAUGUCAGCGUGACAAAUGUGAGGGUUCAACCGCCAGUGAACAGACCAAACGGUACAGGUGCUACGGUGCCAUCUACUACCUCAGCAAUGCCGCACUCACAGACUCAGACAGUAGUUGUCGAAAAUCCAAUGUCUGUCGAUGAAAGUGGGAAAUUGGUGAGCAAUGUGGUUGUUGGAGUCACAACGGAUAAAAAAUAAGGCAGCGUGGGAGGCGUUUGGAGAUCGUUGCUUGUAUCCAUUUGGUUAGUAGUCCUGGUUUUUGGGGUUUGGGAGGGGGGGAGGAAGAUGGGAAUUGUGUGUAUAAUAUUUCAAUGGAGAUUAAACAGAAAGAGAAAGAAGCUAUAAAAGUACUUGAAACAUAGGGAAAAAAGAAGCCUUAGGGAAGAGAUUGCAAGAAGGAAAGCGUGGAUGUACAUUUUGGAGGAGAUGACAAGAGGAACUUUGUGGGGGAAGGGGGAGCCUAGCCGUUCCCCUCUGUAUGUUUGAUUAUAUUACCCCAAACUGAGUUGCUACCACUAGUGUACCAUUCAUGCAUAUUUUGUACUCUUCUCAACACCAUGUUGAAUCACCCUGAUGCUGUAAUCUUCCAGAUUUAUUUGAUUACAUUUUUUUGUUAUGUUUCACAGAAAAUCUUCCAUCUAUACAACUCUUAUAAAUGAUUAGGACAUUGUGUUUUGGGUUCUCUGUUGUUUAUUUAUACGUUCCCUCUUUGUGCCU